AUGGCUGUAGUGAUCGUCAAGCACCAGGGCAAGAAGCACGAAAUCGAGGUCGACACGUCGUCGAACGGCGAGACGUUCAAGUACCAGCUCUUCUCCAUCACCGGCGUCGAGCCUGAGCGCCAGAAGAUCCUCGUCAAGGGCGGCCAGCUCAAGGAUGACGCCGACAUGUCGAAGCUGGGGCUCAAGUCCGGCCAGACGAUCAUGAUGAUGGGCACGCCCUCAGGCGACGACACAAACAUCAUCGAGAAGCCCAAGGAGAAGAUCAAGUUUCUGGAGGACAUGGACGAGGCGGAGGCUGCGCAGCUCGAAGGCGCCACCCCGGCGGGCCUGCAGAACCUGGGCAACACAUGCUACAUGAACUCGACGCUCCAGGUGUUAAGGUCGGUUCCUGAGCUGCAGGAGGAGCUGCUGCGCUACGCUGACAGCGGCCCUGGCUCAUCCAGCUCGGCGAACCAGCUUAGCCAGUUCGGUCUCGGUGGUCUCGGCGCCUCGAUGGACCUCACAGGAUCUCUGCGCGACCUCUUCAGGCAGAUGGGCGAGACCCAGCAGGGCUUCCCUCCCCUCAUGUUCCUGAACGCCCUACGAACCGCCUUCCCCCAAUUCGCCCAGAAAUCCAAGGACGGACACGGCUACGCACAGCAGGACGCGGAAGAGGCCUGGUCACAGAUUGUCGCACAGCUGCGACAAAAGUUGCGGGUCAAGAACGAGUCUGAGGCAGAGAAGAAGGCGGACGUUUCCUGGAUUGACAAGUUCAUGGCUGGCAAAUUCGAGUCGGUUAUGGAGUGCGACGAGCCUGCAGCAAAGGAGAUGGGCGAGGAGCCUGUCACGAGCGAGGACACUUUCUUCAAGCUCAACUGCCACAUCAACGUCGAGACAAACCACCUGCGCGACGGUCUGGCUGCUGGUCUAAAGGAGCAGAUCGAGAAGCGCUCAGAGCUUCUGGGGCGCAACGCAGUCUACACAAAGACGUCCAAGAUCUCGCGACUCCCCGUACACCUGCCCGUCCACUUUGUACGAUUCGACUGGCGCCGAGACACCAACAAGAAGGCAAAGAUCAUGCGCAAGGUUACAUUCCCGGACGAGCUGGAUGCAAUAGAGUUCUGCACGGAUACACUGAAGAAACAGCUCAUCCCCGUGCGCGACAAGAUCCGUGACGUGCGCAAAGAAGAGGUCGACGUUGAGCGUGCCCGUAAGCGCCAGAAGCGCCUGAAGGCGGGCGAGGAGAACGACAGCGACCCGCUCGCACAGAAGGAGCCACUGCAGAAGAAAAAGGAGGCUGCACAGAAGAAGGAGGACGCAAACAAGCCCGCCGAGCCUGUGGAGGAAAUUGAGUACAAGACAGACGCUCAAAUCGAGGCUGAACGCGCCGCAUCCAUCCUAGCCGCUAAGAAGGAGGUGCUGUCGCUGGUGAGUCCCGAGCUCGCCGCAGACGAUGGUGCCAACCAAACCGGCCUCUACGAGCUGCGUGGCGUCAUCACACAUCAGGGUGCUAGCGCCGACAGCGGUCACUAUACUUCCUUCGUCAAGAAGCAGGGCGCCAAGGACCCGGUCACGGGUAAGAGGAAGGCCGAGGACGGCAAGUGGUGGUGGUUCAACGAUGACAAGGUCUCUGAGGUCGACGCCGAGAGAAUUCAGACCCUGUCUGGUGGAGGUCAAAGCCACUCGGCCCUGAUCCUCCUGUACCGUGCAUUGCCACUGCCCACUGUGGACGAGGACGUGGAGAUGUCUUAG